GAAAUUUCGGUCCUGUACCCAUGUGGAGAACAGAGUUUGUGGAGCCGGACGGGAUUUGGCUGAUCGGAACGACACAUAUCUCGCAAGCAUCCGCCAUGGACGUCCAGCGCGUCGUUAGAGCUGUGAAACCGGACAAUGUCGUGGUGGAACUCUGCAGAAGCAGAGCUCAUUUUCAGAGCUGGAAUUAUGUACACUUCCAAUGAGGAUGAGUCUGGCCCUCAGUUAAAGUCAAAUAUGUUCUCAUUGAGUGGGGCUGGAUUUUUUGGAGCUGUUGGCCGUAGCCUAAACUUGGGGGGUCAAACUGCUCUUGCAUUACGGUUGCUUCUGGCAGUUUUCUCUUCAAAAGUCUCCUCAGAUGCAAACCGGCCUUUUGGUGAUGAGUUUCGUGCUGCUCGAAAAGCCUCUGAAGAAGUUGGAGCUCAGAUAGUAUUGGGGGAUCGCCCAAUUGAAAUUACCCUUGAAAGGGCUUGGAAUUCUCUCAAAUGGAAUGAGAAACUAAACUUGGUAAUCUCAGUUCUUCGUGGAAUUACUUCAUCAACUGAUAUGUCUGGGAUCGAUUCGAAGGACUCAGAAACAGAAAAUAGCUUCUUCCAGCUAUAUGAGCAGCUGAGUGUUUCAUACCCAUCGCUCCUACAGCCUCUUAUACACGAGCGUGACACAUAUCUGGCAUGGUCUCUGAAGAGGAGCAAAGCCGUGAAAAACAGUAGGCAAGUUGUUGGAGUGAUCGGUAAGAGCCACAUGAAUGGGGUCGUAUAUGCACUAAUAUCAGAUCUGGGGGACUUGCGGUUCCGUGACCUUGUUGGUAAGAGGGCAUAUGGUAACAAUUCUAAUGGUUGGGUCAGCAUCCUUCUCAAGAAUUUGGUUAGAGACACUGUAUUUGGGAUCUUGCUGUGGGAACUAUAUGAACAGCUGACUUGACUAUAGUCUACAGAUUGUAGUCAUUGGAUAGCGAUCUUGAAUGAAAUUUUGUGAGAAGUAGGAACAGAUGAAACUUUGGUUAUUU